AUGGCAGUGUCAACCAGAAGAUUGCAGAAGGAGCUCAAGGAUAUCCAGACGCAGGGGACUCCAGUCGGUAUCAAGUUACUCAGCGCGGAUGAUUUCCAGACGUGGUUUCUGUCCAUAGAAGUGUUGGGAGAGACGCAAUAUGAGGGCGAGGUGUUCGCCCUGAAGUUCCGCUUCGAUAGCUCUUAUCCCAUAUCGUCCCCCGCCGUGCAGUUCGUGGUAGAUGAGAAAUUUCAAGCACCAGUGCAUCCGCAUGUAUAUUCAAAUGGCCAUAUAUGUGCAUCCAUCCUAGGCAAUGAGUGGUCGCCUGUACUGAGCGUUAUCGCGGUGUGUGUGACGCUGCAGAGCAUGCUUGCAUCGUGCAAGAAGAAGGAGCGGCCUCCAGAUAACGAUCGCUACGUCUCGCAUGCUCCAGAGAAUCCGAAGAAGACACAAUUCUUGUACCACGAUGACGAUGUAUAA